CAAACACACUUUCAAGGACAAAUUAAAAGGGCUAAAUUUUAAGCAAAGUCACUAAACACAAAUUUGAGCUCAGCUUAAUUCCCUUUUUCUUCUUUAAUUCUCUUUAUACAUUCUUAAUGGAGAAAUCUCCAAACUCAACGAGAGGUGUUAGCUAUGGAGGAGGCCAAAGUUCCUUAGGUUAUCUCUUUGGUGGUGAUGAUAAAAAACAACAAAAGACUGAUGAUCCUCCACCUUCUCCCACUGUUUAUGCACCACCCUAUGGAAUUGAUUAUACAACUGAAAAUCCAUCACAAAAUUCUCCCCCUACUUCCAUUACUUAUCAAAAAAAUCAGGGCCAAAAUUCAGGAAUUUUCAUCACUGGUCGUCCAUCGACAAAGGUGAAAUCAGUUCCAGGAGGAGAUUCAUCACUUGGCUACUUAUUUGGAGAUAAGUCUUGAUAUUUAAUUUCAUGAUCUAACUCUAAGCAUGGCUGAAGUUUAGGGUUUGAAUAAGGGACUACCCAGGAAUUUGUAAUUUUUUCCUUUGCCUGUAACUUGUACUUUGAAAUUCCAAUAUUUGUAUUUGUGUGCUAGUAUAUUAGUAGUCAAUUUAAGUUUGUGUGGUUGUGUGAGAGUUUUGUGUGAUUAAGAUUAUCAUCAUUCACAAUUGGUUAGGGUUUGUAAGGUUUUCAGUAUAUAUAUAUGUAUUUUUAAAAGAAAAAAAUUGCCAUGUUGAUUA